AUGGACAACACAGCGAAAGCAAAUAAAAAGGAUAUUCAAAAUGAGCCACCCAAAGAAGUCCAAUUGCCUACCAGUGAAGCACUUCUAGACUAUCACUGUCAAAUAAAGGAAAAUGCAGUAGAACGGUUUAUGGCUCAAAUAAAGAGACUUAGAGAAAAGAACCAAAAGUAUCAUGAAAGAAACAGACGCUUGAAGGAUGAACAGACUUGGCACAUACGGAACCUACUGAAGGAGCUGAGUGAAGAGAAGUUGGAGGAAUUACCAGUUGUAACAAGAGAAGAUGUUGAAGAAGCAAUGAAGGAAAAAUGGAAGUUUGAAAGAGACCAGGAAGAAAACUUAAAAGAUAUGCACAUGCAAAUAAAUAAUGCUGAGAAACUAUUUCUUGAGAAACUCAGUGAGAAGGAAUACUGGGAAGAGUACAAGAACGCAGGGAGUGAACAACAUGCUAAACUCAUUAUCUCCUUACAGAAUGAUAUCAAUACAGUUAAAGAGAAUACAGAGAAAAUGUCAGAACACUAUAAAGUCACUCUGGAAGAUGCUAGAAAGAGAAUAAUCAGAGAAACUUUGUUGCAACUGGAUCAAAAGAAGGAAUGGGCCACGCAGAAUGCCAUAAGGUUCAUUGACAAAGGCAGCUACCGAGAGAUCCGGGAGAAUGACUGGCUAAAAAGAGAGAUUGCAAAUCACAGGAGGGAAAUUGAAGAAUUAGAAAAUACUAUUCAUAAACUGGAAGAAGAAAACUUGGUGCUUAUUGAUCAACUAUUCAACUGUAGACUUGUGGAUCUCAAAAUACCCAGGCGACUGUAUCUUACUCAAGCUGCUGGACAGACAGUGACACCUGAAGUGCCUUUGGAGUUGCCAGAAACAUUUAAAGAAGAGUCAAAACUGCAAUCUGUGGAAGUAAAAAGUGGAAACACGAUGAGCUCCUCAGCUGAGAGCUGUGCUUUAUGUGUCACUCGUGAGGAUGGGACCAGGUACAGCAAGGACCUGAAGACAGAUGAGGAAAGUGACUCAUGCACAGGGUUUGGGGCCUCUGAUAUGAAAUACUUACUGUAUGAGGAUGAUCAGGAUUUCAAGGAUUAUGUCAACUUGGGUCCCCUCCAAGUGAAGCUCAUGAGUGUGGAGAGCAAGAAGAUGCCCAUUCAUUUUCAAGAGACAGAAAUUCCAGUCAAAUUCUAUGAAGAUGUCAAGAGCCCAGAAAGCUAUAUCACAUACAAAAUGAUGAAGUCUUUUCUCUAA